UAAAUAUUUUAACCACACACACAACACAAAACACCAAUCAUACAGAAAGAAGAAUCUCACUCACUCUCUUUUUUUCUUCUUCAUCCAACACUACUUUCAAAACUAUACAAACAUGAACUAAAACCUUUUACUACUAUAGUUUAUACAUAGCCAAAAAAAAAAUGAGUAGUAAUCCUGAAGAUUCCUUAAGAAGUCUAUCUUUAGAUUAUCUCAAUCUCCUCAUCAAUGGUCAAGCUUUUAGUGAUGUUACUUUUCAUGUUGAAGGUCAUUUAGUCCAUGCUCACCGUUGCGUCCUGGCAGCACGGAGUCAAUUCUUCAGGAAAUUCUUUUGUGGGCCGGGCUCUCCUCAGUCCGGCCCACAACUCGGCCCGGUUAACGGGCUGAGAGAUACUGGUUCACCGUCAUCAGUAGUGAUACCGGUGAACUCAGUAGGAUAUGAGGUGUUUUUGUUGAUGAUGCAGUUUUUAUACAGUGGACAAGUAUCAAUUGUGCCACAAAAACAUGAGCCAAGACCAAAUUGUGGAGAGAGAGGUUGUUGGCAUACACAUUGCACCUCAGCCGUUGAUCUUGCACUUGAUACACUCUCAGCCGCUAGAUCUUUUGGUGUUGAACAACUUGCUUUGCUCACUCAGAAGCAAUUGGCAAUCAUGGUAGAAAAAGCUUCAAUUGAGGAUGUGAUGAGAGUUCUAAUAGCAUCAAGGAAGCAAGACAUGAAUCAACUAUGGACUACGUGUUCACAUUUGGUUGCAAAAUCAGGUCUUCCACCUGAAAUGUUGGCCAAACACCUUCCCAUUGAUGUUGUAGCCAAAAUUGAAGAACUACGCCUCAAAUCCAACCUAGCACGUCGAUCCUUAAUGCCACAUCAUCACCACCACCUCGACCUUAGCUCUGCAGCUGAGCUCGAGGACCAAAAAAUCCGUAGGAUGAGACGAGCCCUUGACUCAUCCGACGUUGAACUUGUCAAGCUCAUGGUAAUGGGAGAAGGGUUAAAUCUUGAUGAAUCAAUUGCAUUACACUAUGCAGUUGAAAAUUGUAGUAGGGAAGUUGUGAAAGCGUUACUAGAGCUAGGUGCAGCGGAUGUUAACUUCCCUGCAGGUCCUGCAGGGAAAACUCCGCUGCACAUUGCAGCUGAAAUGGUGUCACCAGACAUGGUAGCUGUUCUAUUAGACCACCAUGCUGAUCCCAAUGUACGAAUGUUAGAUGGCAUCACUCCAUUGGACAUUUUACGUACCCUAACGUCCGAUUUUCUAUUUAAAGGAACUGUCCCUGGACAUGUCCACAUUGAACCAAAUAAGUUGAGACUCUGUCUUGAACUUGUUCAAUCAGCAGCUAUGGUGAUUUUAAGAGAGGAAGGGAGCGCGAACAUUGAUCUCUCUUCGACAAAUAUUUAUCCUCCAAAUAACAUGAGUGAUGAUCAUACAUCUAGCACAAGUAGUGGUACUAACAUUGAUUCAAGAAUGGUGUAUUUAAAUCUUGGUGCUGGAGUUGCUAAUACUUCAACUCAUGAUCACCCUUCAUCAAUGUACCACCAUUCACAUGAGUAUUAAGAUUGUACAUAUAUAUUUUGUCUCAACAAUUUAUCAAUUGAGACUGACUAGAAAGGAAAGUCAAUGAUCUCGAUUACUAUUAUAUAUUAAGAUAUAGUUACAUAUAUAUAUACCUUUGCUCUUUAGUGUA